GUAACACCCUUCGGCGUGUUUUAGUCAUAUCCUCUAAAACAGAACGACGGCAAGACGGGCCGUUGUCAAGGCAUGAUGCUGUGCUUUUUAACUGCAGCAAUCUUAUCGCUGCUUGGGUAUGCUGCGACACAGAUACCCGAUAUGCCUUCUGUAAUUGAACUAGUAGACGCGAUAGGUGACAAGCAGAUCACGUCUGUUGGAGACCUAGAUGACUAUACGCAGAGCCUUCUCCAACUUGCGCAGAUUCACAUGGCAAAAUCUUUUUCUGUUGAAACUAAACGCUACAAAAGGGCCCUAGAUUUGGUUUCCGUCCGAGUGAAUGCAACGGAGAACUUUGUGCCUCCUAUGGCUGCUCCUGCAGUAUUUGAUACAACUGACCUUGUUGGAGUAACAAAUAUACGGGUCUUGUCCACUCCAGAGAAGGAAUACUGGAUCUUAGGAUACAAUGGCAUCCAGAAGUCGCAUGCAGUUCUUGAGAUAACUCAAAAUCUCAAUCAGUUAAGGCUCAUUGGAAAGUUCACCUUGGCUGAAGAUCUUGCGGAAAUAAAACGUAUAACUGCUAGUAUAGUCGACUCCAAUAUUUGGAUAGCCAUGGCAUCGACUAACAACUUGGUGUCGGUAAUUGUCGUGGAUCUAGUAUCGGAAGUUGUCGAUACCCCCCAGGUGAUUGUAGCGGAUGCCGCAGUAGGAGGACUACACAUGUUCAAAACUGGUGGCCACUUGUUCUUGGCAGUGGGGGCAAAUGAUCCAAAGCCUCACCAGGAAGACCUAAAAUCUAGAAUCUAUAAAUUGGUAGGGCAAUACUUUGACCAGCAAGAUGGGCUAUCCCUCCAAAGUAAGAAUGUAACUGACAUAACCGGAUUUGCUUACCGGAAACACUAUUAUCUCGUCUUCGGCAUGACUCACUCGGAGGGUUCACAAGUGUAUAGAUUCGACACAGAGCUGAGGACUCUGACGCUGGUCCAGCAACUGACAGACCUCGAUGUUUACAGUGUUCACUACUUUCAUGAACAACAAGAGAAUAGACAUUACAUUAUUAUGAAUAAUGGUGUAGAACCCAAGCUCUACAGAUGGUCAAAUGAGCAGCUCCUCUUGUGGCAAGAACUGAAUAAAGGCACUGAUGUCGAUCCAGUAGGUAGUAUACAAACCUUCACAUUUUCAUCACUGGAGUCCAUCAUUAUGGUUGCCUAUGGUAGUAAAGUGGUGUUUUAUACAGAUGAUGUAUCUGCACACUUCAACUCUAACUUUGUCAUGCAUACCAAUUGCAAUGGCAUAGGUGACCUUUCACUAGUUAAGAUUAACACUGAUUAUGUCUUAACUUAUGUUUGUGUGGAAAGCAGUGGUACAACAGAACUUAAGACUAGACGUGUUGUUAUGGACUACAUCGAUCUAGAAAAACCUACAGACGAAACGGACCUCCUCCUACAGUGCCUCGACACUCUCAAAGAAGACCUCGAUUCUAGAAAGCCAACCAUAGAAUUUUUGGGAGAGGUUAUUGCAAGUGAUCUAUUAAUGACCACUGACAACUCUCAGACUUGGCAUGGACCACUAACCUUUACUGAACCAUGUACUGUAAAUGGUCCAGCAGCUGUUCGACAAACCAUGACUGUAAUGGGUGACGGUAGUGCACAAGCAAAUGAGGAGACUUAUAACCUGUUCUUAACUAAAACUGCAAGUCUAGAGAGUGGCAUCUCCACUGUGAACUCUGGAAUGGACGACAUACUCUACCAUUCAAAGGAUCAAACAAUCGUGGGAUCUAUUGCAGCAACUCUUCUUACUGUGGAUAACUUCGAAUCCAACUCGACAAGGCUUACAGAGUUGAAUGGAACACCACUGCUAAGCUUAAGUCAAGUGUUUAUGAUUGAUGGUAUUGACCAAGCUGUAAGUUCUUCAAUGUACAUAAACACCAUGAAGGCCGAUAUCUUCGGUACACGGGAUGGAACUGCUGCGGCAACAAUAAAUGGAGUAAAAACCCACCAGUUAAUGAGGAAGAGCCUAGCUUCUCAGGUUGUAACUGGGAACAUUAAUUUUGAAGACUAUUUUGUACAAAACGUCGAGGGAUCGACCACCAUAGAGUCUCUAGUAAUUAAUGGCAUAAACACCAACGCAAUUGUGACAAGAGAUCAAAAUGUCACUUUCCUCGAUAAAAAGACUUUCCAGCACUUGGUGGUUCAAGAGGACACAAACAUUGACCUGCUGAAUGAAGUUGACCUCUCUGGCCUUGCUGAGGAUCUUGUGUAUAUGAACUUGUUCACGCCACAAGUUUUGGAUGGUCACUUUACUCUGCAUGAUGUAAAUGUUGAUGGGAAUGUUGAUGUGAUGAACAUUAAUGAUGUCGGCAUGAAAGAACUUGAUACGAUGGUUGUCAAAACUUCUGGAGACUUCACAUUAUCUGGUGAUGUAACCUACCCGGACCUGGGAGUGUCUGGAAGCAUGACCAGCCCAACACUGAAUGGGAUUGCCAAGGACAACAUUGUUGAUCUGCAAACCACUCACAUUCAGGGCCAAUAUACCUUUGAAAGUGCUAAUGUAGCAACUGCUAUAGAGUGCGGUUUACUAAAUGGAAUCGACGUCGAUGUUGAUGUGGUCACCAUUGAUUCUGACCAAACUAUAACUGGUCGACUAACCUUCAUUGAUGACGUGGUGGUUAGUGGGAUUGAGGGAGUAGAAAUGGUUGACGCUGCUACUAUAAAUGGCCUCCAUCCAAAGAGCCUCGAGACCUUCGAUGACCAAGGAAACCUUCUUAUUAAGACUAAUGUUACCUUUACAAACACUCUGCAUGUACUGGAAGAUGUUACUGUAGAUGUUAUUAAUCGUUUGGAUAUGAGCAGCAUUGAAGAUGGCUAUUGGAGGAAAAGCCCUAACCAAAUCAUCUUGGUGACACCAUCUCUGGAUAAUGCAAGAUUCAAAGCUCCUGUGACGGCAAUGUCUAUAAAUGGUCAUCAGAUGGAAGACUUCCUCUCUGUCACAGGACUUCAAGCAAUUGAAGGAACCUAUACAUUCCAGGGCUUGGUCAGUAUAGUUGGUAACCUCAACAUGAUGGAAGGAAAGGCUAUAGAUAAUGUGGAUGUGUCUGCACUAAAGGAUAAUCUGGUAAACUUGGCUGACGACCAAACUAUAACUGCUCCAACGAGCUUUGCAGGGAAAAUCGGCGUCUCUGGUAGCUUGGACUUGGAUGGCAAGUUGAAUGGCUGGGAUUUGAAUCAAGACUUGAUGAGACUUGACUUGUCCUUGCCUCACACGGGUUCCCUCAACUUUGUGGACAAAACUACAGCAGCAUCACUGAGUAUCACUAGUGCAGAUCUAGUGGUCCAGAGCCUAAAUGGCAUGGAUGUGCAGUCUGCUGUGUCUGACUUGGCCUUUGGAAUAGAUGAUGUCCUUGCUGGGCCCUUGAAGUUUACAUCCAGUGUAAAUGCAAACGACCUCCAUGUUAGUGGAUUGGUUGACGGUGUUGACGUGACGGAUCUUGUGGACCGCAGCCUUAAGAAGACCUCUGCUACACCACAAGCGGUAACGGGGGCAAUAACGGUUAACAAUGAUGUUCACUUUGAUCAGAGCCCAUCUCUGGCUAUAGUUAACAGCAAGGACUGGACCACCCACCUCGACAAGGUUGUGCCACAAAACUACAACGGUGCAAUUGGCGGAAAGAAGACCUUCACGAAGCCAGUAUCUAUAUCCGGCAACUUCAACCCAGCCACCAUAAAUGGGUUUAGUGUAGCUGUGCUAUCGGACAGAAUACUGACCAAGAGUACAAACCAGAAUGUUGGCAGCAAGUACACAAUAGAUGGCAAUGUUGCAGCCAAAAAUGUUGAUGCACCAGAAAUUGAUGGAGUAAACACUGCAAACCUUGUAUUAAUGGACCAAGCCAAAUCCAUAAGUGGAUUGGUUAGUUUUGCAGAGAACUUGGAAGUGAAGGAUGUUACUUCAGAUUUGGGAGUACUUGAUGGCUGUGACCUUGUUCAGCUAAAUGCUUCUACUGUAUGGAGAGCAAGUGAUGGAAGUAUAGAAAUAUCCUUCCCAAUAACCAUGGUAUCAAUAGACAUUAGCCAAGAUGUUGCAGUAAAAGCUGGUGUCAAUGCUGGCACAUGGGAACUGAUGUCUUUCCUAAACACACUAGUACUGAAGUCUUCAAAUCAAGAAAUUUCAGGCAAAGUUGAAUUCAUCAAUGACAUUACAUUAGCAAGCUUGGUGGCAUCAACUGCAGAUGGAGUAGAUAUUGACAACCUGUAUGCUGUAACUGUCCUGGAUAACCUCGAUGAUAUCAUAAAUUGUGACAUCACCUUCACCACAAAUUUGAACACCCAAAUCCUGUCCGUGGAUGAGGUUUCUGGUAUAGGUUCUGAAGGCAUACUAAUAAAUUCCUUUAAUGUGACCAAAGUAAAUGAGAAAGCGGUCCUUAUCCAGGGAGGACCUUACGUGAUGACUGGAUUGAAGAGUUUCACUAGUAGUUUAACUGCUGGUGGACUAAAACUUACUGGAUCGCUAGGUGGCGUAACGGUAACGGACUUCGUGGUAGUUUCUGCAAAUAGUAGACUAGCAGAUGGCUUGACCUUCAAAGCACCCAUAACGGUCAAAGGAGAUCUAGAGGUGGAAGGACUGAUCGAUAGUGUUGAUCUAGAGCAACUUCUAACUGAUAGAAUCAGACUUGACACGCAAGAGACCUUGACCUCUUCUACAAGCUUCGGCGGCUUAAAAGUGGAAGGUGAUCUUGUGGUUAAAGAAGUUGAUGGAAUAAAAGUCAAAGACAUUGUGUUGAAGUCUGGAAGAAUUCAACAGGAUAUUACUGGGCCCAAGACCUUUAAUGGAGGCUUCCAAGUAGAAGGGGAAAUCCAGGCUACUUUAAUUAAUAAUUUGGACAUCCCAGCAUUAAACCUAAAUAUUGUCCGAAGGGAUAGAUCGGCUAAAAUAGAACACGACUUGAUAUUUGAGAGCGCAGUAGAAGCCAACACUGCAAUUGAUGUGACAGGAGAAGUGAACGGCUAUAGAUUAUCCGAUGUGGAUUAUGCCCCAUCGGUAUUGAAUCAAAGAGUUCUUGAUCAGAGUACAAGACUACACAACCUCAAUAGCACGCUUUCUAAUACCUUCAUUAACACGCAAACUCUUGCUUGUGGCAUGUAUGAAACGCUAAUGUAUGGCGAGCUGGUUAGUGUACAAGACGUAGCAAUAACGGGAAAAAUGAGUUUUGGAUCCUUCAGUGGAACUCCAUUUUUGGCAGUAAGGGAGUGUGAUGUCCUAUGCACAUGCGCCAGCCAAUACUCCUUCUACCAUAUACAAAAUAAUGGCUACUUGCUGAAAGACUUCAAUGAUACCUACUCUGCCUUCAUCUUCGACACGGAGGGUUAUGAGGGGACCGGUCUUGUGAACAACUGCACUGGAGAAACUGUACUGAAGACCUUGCAGCUCUCGGAUUCUAGCCACCCUAUUGGGAACUUGGGUACUCUAGCUGAUGUUGCAGUGUUCACAGUAAAUGGCAUCCCUUAUGUGGUGACUGCAGGCACAAUUGCAGAAGGAAAUCUUGGUGCAACAUCUAGUAUUCAUGUAAUAAAGUUAAUCUCUACACCAGUGGUCAUCUGGUCCCUGCAGACCUCGUAUAGUGCCUCAACAGUGGAUGUAACCUUGGGUGACCAUGGGUGGAUGCUGUUGGUUGCAAAUCACAUGGCUUCGAAUGAUUCGAUAGAUCCCUACACUGCACCAUCUCAGUUGUACUUGUGGUCAACCACUGAGGAAAAGUUUGACCUCGUUGAUGACUACAUGGGUCAAUGGGUUACAUCAGGCAUCUUCCUAGAUGCAAAGAGUGCUCUCAAAGAGCAAUACUUCUCUCUGGCACAGCUGCAGGCUGCAGAUUGUCCUGUGUCUGAAGAUAAUGUGAAAUAUACAACAGACGUUAUGGUGUUCAAGUAUGGCCUGACUGGAUAUCGGCCUUAUCAGAGGCUGCUAUCAUAUGGUGUGGUUGCUCAGGAAUCCAUCUACAUAGGGGAUGAUCUCUACUUGCUGUUGCUCUCUGAACUCUCUCAAACAUUGGAUGUGUAUGAAAACUCCCCAAAUGAGGGAUUCCGGCUUUAUCAAAAAAUCCCAGUAUGCCGUACCCCAAUCGAUGUAACGAGGAUUGUGGUAUCCUACCAAGAACUUCUGCUGGUAUCUUGCAAAGAACCAGCCCAAAUUAUGACUUUCCAGUUUUUGGAAAAAGGAUUCACAUACAGGGAAUAGACGAAGGGUGUACAUCUAUGUAAUUUAUAUGAUUUUUAAAUAAUUCUAAAGAACAAA